AUGUUCAAACCCACUUCUCCCCUUAUGGGGGGCCUCCUCUGGUAUGAAAAUGACAACUCCCCCGAUACCACCGCACCAAUUGCCCUACAACCCAAGCUCAUAGCAAUGACACUUCCACUCCCUCAUAUAACUCUACUGACCAAACACCCUUUAUAUGCAAACAGGAAAAUCCCCUGGCGUCUUUCCGCCCCACAGAAGGCCCGCCAGCGCAAACGGCUUCGGGCAGUCGACAAGGUUGUCGACACCGUCAGCGCCGCGCUGGAGCGCAAGGGCAUGACCAGCAAGGCCGUGACGAGGUGGUUUGCUGAGAUGCCGCGCGAGGAGGAAAUGUUGCCCAAGGACAAGUAUACGAUUUUCGAUCGGAAGGAGAAGAAGUAUCGCAAGGGGAUACAUAAGCUCCCCAAAUGGACCCGAGUCAGCCAACGAGUCAAUCCCCCCGGAUUCUGA